AUGGAGAAGAAAUCCAGUCGCGACGUAGAGGGGCGAGGACAAGCUAUGGACUUGGGGACAAGCGUACCAGGAGCCGGCAAGACGGGACUGGAGGUGCCCGGCCUCAAGGCAGAAUGGGGAAUUAGAGCUAUGCUGGAUGCAACUACCGAUGCCGUGACGAUCGUAGGAGGAGGGAAGGUGGAGCAGGGUAAACUGGGGAGAAGCGACAUGCCUCUCACCCCUCAACAGUUAGAAGGCGCCCCUGUCUGGAGGGCAUAA